AUGGCGACGACCUACGACGGGGUCGACCAGGUCUACGCGUUUCUCGCCAGCGUCCCCAAGGAAGAAUGGUUCCUUGCCUUUGGGAAACGCAACAGGCUGGUGAAUGAGCUUUCGACGCCGUAUGCCAUUUAUAACUGGGAGCUCGGUGCUCACGCCGUCAUGCUGCUCAUGGAGAGGCUCCAAGCCACUCAGCAGUAUGAUCUCGCCCUCAAGGUGGCUCAUUUCGUCUUCGAUCCGACCAUUGACGGCACCAGCCUUGCUCGCUGCUGGCUAUUCCCUCCAUUCAUCGAGCUCGCCGACCCUGCAACACCCAUCAAGUCUAUACAAGACAUCUUGCAGGCCCUCGAACCGUCUACCGGCGCAGAAGACGAGAUGAACACCAAUAUUCUCCAAUGGCGCAUGAACCCCUUUAAUCCUCAUAGUGUCGCUCGUGGAAGGCCGCAGGCAUAUAUGCGUAGGAUGAUCAUGAAGUACAUCGAGAUACUGAUUGCGAGCGGCGAUGUCUACUUCCGUCAAAACACACUCGAGGCCGUCCCAUUUGCCAUCCAACGCUACGUCGAGGCUUCCCACGUCUUUGGCUCGGCGCCCAUGCAGGUCCCCAAGUACACCAAGCCCGUGUACAAGUCCUAUGGGGAUCUGGACAAGGAUUUUAACGACUUCUCCAACGCCGAUUUCGAUAUGGAACUGGACUUUCCCUUUUACAGUGACCCGGCCACCCGAGGCAACGCCGGCGGAAACGGGAUCGGCGGCGGUGCCGGCGUUACCGGUAUCCUCAAGUCUACAUACUUCUGCGUCCCUGCCAACCCGAAGCUCAUGGAGCUCCGCAAUCUCAUAGAUGACCGUCUCUUCAAGGUCCGCAACUGCCAGGACAUCAAUGGCGUCGUCCGAAGCCUCGCCCUCUUCGAACCGCCCUUGGACCCCGGUAUGCUCGUCCGAGCAGCAGCCAGCGGUGUCGACAUCUCCAAGCUCCUGGGCAAUACUGUCGGUCCCAUGCCAAACUACCGCUUCCAGCUGUUGCUGCAAAAGGCCUUUGACAUGUGUGCCGAGGUCAAGGCCAUGGGUGCUACGCUGUUGACCAUCAAGGAGAGCAAGGAUACUGAGGCUCUGUCGAAUCUCCGUGCUCGUCAAGACACUGUCAUUCAAAGGCUCAUGAUAGACCUCAGAAAUAUAGCAAAGAAGGAAGCCGAAUCGAGCAUCGACGCCCUUGUCGAGACGCGCAAGGCCCAGGUGGCCAAACUAGAAUACUACCUCGCGCUAACAGGCACAGACGACAAGUCUGUCCCAGGCGAGAACCAGGAGUGGGAAGACAUAGCCCAGUCGAUUGAGAAGCCCACAACGGACGAUCUGCGCAUGAAAUCCUAUGAGAAGCUCGAAAUGGAGAAGUCCGAGGCUGCCGCGGUGCUCAACCAAAAGGCUAGCGCUAUGGACAUUGCCGCGAGUGUUAUCAAGCUCAUACCAGAUAUCGAAGAGGAGGCCGAGCCGCUGGGCGUUGGCGUCUCCCUCGGGUCCAUCACCAGCAACGUAUCCGAGUCCAUGCUGAUCAUGGCCAAUGUCUUGCGUUUCCAGGGCCAGUACUUCACCGACGAGGGCGCAAGGGCAUCACGCACGGGUGCCCUGGUUAAACAGCUUCAAGAGCGACGUUUCGAGGCCAACGCGGCCGGCCGCGACAUCAAGGAGACAGACAAGCAAAUAGCGACAUGCCGCAUUCGCGUCGACAUGUGUGAGCGUGACAUCCAGCUCCAGCAGCAGCAGGCUGCCUACGCAAAGGACAUGGAGGACUGGCUCAGGAGGAAGUACAGCAGUGAGCAGCUCUACGUCUGGAUGGAGGGCGUUGUUCAGAACCUGUACUACCAAACAUAUCUCCUCGCCGAUGACCUGGCGCAAAAGGCCCAGGCGGCCUUUAUGUUUGAAAAAGGCGAUCGCUCCGUCAACAUUAUCGGCCCGUCGUCCUGGGACGGUGGCAGAGACGGCCUGUUCUCUGGCGACAGCCUCUUUCUCUCCCUCAAGCGCCUCGAGGCAGCUUGGAUGGAGAAGAGCAUGCACGACGUUGAAGUCGUCAAGGACGUCUCGCUUCGCCAGCUUCGACCAUGGGCCCUGCUGGUGCUUCGCGAGACCGGCAUGGCCGAGUUUGAUCUCCCCGAGGUCCUCUUCGACUUUGAUUUUCCAGGCCACUACUGUCGCCGCAUCAAGUCCGUGAGCCUGACGGUCUCGUGUGUCCUUGGGCCUUGCACCGGCGUCAACGCCACGCUGACGCUUCUUGAGCACCGUUACCGAGUCAAGGCGGACGCCAAGGGCUCUUCAGACUAUCCUCAGAAGACGUCGGAUGAGAGAUUCCAGACAGACCAGGUGCCAAUCUCCUCCAUCGCCGUCAGCGGCGGCCAGCAGGACAGCGGCGUCUUCAACCUCGACUUCAGCAGCGAGCGAUAUAUUCCCUUCGAAGGUGCCGGGGCGGUGAGCAGAUGGCGACUCGAGCUACCUACCGCCGUGAAGCAGUUCGACUACGAAACCAUCAGCGACGUCGUCUUGCACGUCAGCUACACGGCGCUCCAGGGCGGUGCCGGCUUCCGCAAGGCAGCUUCCGACUCUGCCGUUGCCUUCCAGAAGACGGUCGCUGAUCUCUCAGACACGGAGGGCAUGUUCGCCGUGCUAGACCUCAAGAGCGACUUCCCCACGGAGUGGCAGCAGCUCAUCUCGGCCGAUCCCUCCAAGCCCUCAACGAUGCCUCUUGCUGCUCUGCAGGAUCGUCUGCCCUUCUUCACAAAGGGCAAAGUGGUCAAGGCCGAGACCAUCUCUGUCCUCGUCGCGUCCGAGUCGGCCAUCGACAUGGAGAGGGACAUUGAACUGAGUGCCUCGAGCAAGAUUCCUCUAGGGGCCGGGACUUCCAUAGGAUCAUACCAGGUGGCCACGGCAGCAAAACAGGCAGCCACCGUUUCAGACUGGCGUAUCACUCUUCAGCCAAAGGCGAUGGGUGCGAGUGUCUCCAAUAUCCUGGUUGUCAUGAGAUAUACGAUGUAG